GGAAUCUGCAGCUUUAGGAACCGCCACGAUUUUUCGUGCGGCUGCAUAGAUGGGUCUGUGCAUAUGUGAACAUAGGUCUAGCCUGUGCAGUGUGUGUGCCUCUUCUAUUUAUAUGUGCAUCCUUUAAAUGCACGCUACAGUCUGCUGUGCAGUGUUUGAGCCUGAGAGCGAAGAAUAGGGAUGUUAUUUUAAGACUUAAAUGAUUUAUUUUUAGAAAGCUGCUAUUUGGGAAGCCUUGUCGAGUGUAGACCUAAGCAUGCCUCUUUCUCCCACUGGAUUGUGCUUUUAGUCUCAUUCUGAAAACGGAUGCACUUUUAUUUGCUGGCUGUUUGGGGGAGAUGAAGUGCCAUUUCUCAGCUGCCUGUCUGCGCUGUUCUUUGACUGUUGCUCUUUAACUGAUCUGAGAGGGGCCUGUCCAAGGCCUGGGGAGCUGAAGAGAGAUUUUUAGGGAGGAAGUAAAAGUUUACAAUGGAUCUUGGUUUGAAAGUUGGAGAAGGGGAGGAAUCUAGUUAGGCCCCAGCACUGCAGCCAACAGCCUCUCAGGAUGGGCUCACUGCUCUCUGAUUUUGGGGCAUUUUGGGUAAAAAUAUUAUAAUUUUUGCUUUGGGCCAGAUAUUCCUAAAUGGUAUAGACCAGUCCCAUUUCUGAAGCCAGUCCUCUGACUUCACUGGGGAUCAUCAUUUGUGGGGUGCUUUCUGUGUAUUUGGGAUGUGUAUUGGGGUGUGUGUGAAGUUAUCCUCCUUGUCCCCUAUAGAAACACAUCUUGCGUGCAGCGUCUGUACUCUGCUAGAUCUGGAGAUGGACAGAUAUGAGGGGAAGCAGCGACAGUUCGGACAGAGGAUGGCGGAGCCUCGCUUUAACAACCCCUACUUCUGGCCUCCCCCUCCCACCAUGCCCAGCCAGGGGCCUGUUGCUACCAGCACAGGGGGUCAGUGGGGCAGCCUUGGGCAGUGGAGGCAGCACAGCACGCAGUGCUGGUUGACAGUGUGGGGCAGGAGCCCAGAGCCACAUACUCGUGCCUCGGGGCAGGCCUCGGGGCAGGCCGUGGGGAUGUCAGACAUGUCGGAGGCAGCAUCCAGCCCCCAACAGGCACAGCGGAGCCCCCCUGAGCAGCUGGACAACCUCGUUCUGAUCAAUAAGAUCAAGGAGCAGCUGAUGGCAGAGAAGAUCCGGCCCCCACACCUGCCGCCCACCUCGGUCUCCUCCCAGCAGCCCCUGCUGGUGCCUCCCUCGCCCGCCGAGAGCAGCCAGUCCAUCAUGUCGCUCCCCAAACUGCAGCAGGUCCCCGGGCUGCAUCCACAGGCUGUUCCCCAGCCUGAUGUGGCCCUGCACGCCCGGCCGGCCACCAGCACCGUCACAGGGUUAGGGCUGGCCUCCCGCGCCCCGGCAGUCAGCACCUCAGAGACCAGCACAGGCACGGGCACCGGCACCAGCACGCCCUCCACCCCCACCUCCACCAGCCAGAGCAGACUCAUCGCCUCCUCGCCCACCCUUAUCUCAGGGAUCACCAGCCCACCCCUCCUGGACUCCAUCAAGACAAUCCAGGGCCACAGCUUGCUGGGGGCGCCCAAGUCGGAGCGCGGGCGGAAGAAGAUCAAGGCUGAGAACCCGUCGGGGCCGCCCGUCCUGGUGGUGCCCUACCCCAUCCUGGCCUCGGGCGAGACUGCUAAAGAGGGGAAAACCUACAGGUGCAAAGUCUGCCCCCUGACCUUCUUCACCAAGUCGGAGAUGCAGAUCCACUCCAAGUCGCACACCGAGGCCAAACCCCACAAGUGCCCACACUGCUCCAAGUCCUUCGCCAACGCCUCCUACCUGGCCCAGCACCUGCGCAUCCACCUGGGCGUGAAGCCCUAUCACUGCUCGUACUGUGAGAAGUCCUUCCGCCAGCUCUCCCACCUCCAACAGCACACCAGAAUUCACACUGGUGACAGACCCUACAAGUGCCCGCACCCCGGCUGUGAAAAGGCUUUCACGCAGCUCUCCAACCUCCAGUCUCACCAGCGACAGCACAACAAGGACAAACCCUACAAGUGUCCAAACUGCUACCGGGCGUACACGGACUCAGCCUCACUGCAGAUCCACCUCUCGGCACACGCCAUCAAACACGCCAAGGCCUACUGCUGCAGCAUGUGUGGCAGGGCCUAUACCUCGGAGACGUACCUGAUGAAGCACAUGUCCAAACACACCGUGGUGGAGCACCUAGUGAGCCAGCACUCGCCUCAAAGGACGGAGUCACCCGGCAUCCCAGUGCGGAUCUCACUCAUCUAACCCGGGGCUCCCUCCCUCUACCCCGCGCAGCCCUCCCUCCCUCCAGUUCCAGAUCGUCGGGGCGAGGGAGCAGCUUGGAGACGGUCACGAGAACCACCCCCAGCACCACCGCCGGCGCCCAGGCCCGCUGGGUAGCGGGCACGACAGCAACGAGCCGCAUUCGUGGGAGAAACAAAUGCAUUUGUGUUUGGCCCUGGUCCCUCCCAUUCCCCAUGGGGAUGCCGGGAUCCAGCCUGCAGUUUUGGUGACAUCCAAAGACGAUUUCAGAGCACUUUGAAUCUCUGUGUUUGGUUUCUUCUUUCUUUUGUUCCCAUUUGUUUCUCUGCCCCUCCCCUGGCCACUCCUUCCCUUUCUUCUCAUUUUGGAUACAAAUAUAUAUCUAUUUAUUGGCCAAGAAGUUGGUGCUGCUAGAACAGAAAAUCAAACCCGGACACAGACUCGCUGGAGGCUGCGGGGCAGGGCAGGACCCAGGGCCAGGCGCUCGGGCUCCCCCACUGUCACUCUCAGGAGCCCCUGGGACAUGACCACGGCUCAGUGGAGGGCCGGCUCUUGGCAUCGCUGACCUCUCCUGGACUCCUUAGGAGCUGCUGUGAGGCCGGCGAGAGGAGAGAGGGUUCAUCUGUUGGCUGGAGAGUGAGACCCCGCGCAGGCAGAGAUGGGCAUGCAAGCAGUGGCCUGGUGCCAGGCCUGCCAAGCAGCACUGCAGGAGGGAGACCUUUGUCCCGGUACCUCUGUUCCUGGAGCACGUGCUUCCACCCUGCCGUCCAGCUGCUUUGGGACACCGGCUGCUUCCUUUCACGUACCUCAUGCUGUUGGUGCUGUGCUGUAUUCGCCCACCUGCCCCACAGCACAGCCAGGGCUGUGGGCCAUGCACGCGCCCCCCUGGCCGUGCUGGGGCUCCCCGCGCUGCCUGUGCUGAGGCUGAGGUAAGUGCGGGCCACUGGAGGACUCGCUUGGUGCUCGGCCGGGCUGCAGCCAGGGCUGUGUAAGCCAGGGGGCAAGAGCAGGAUGUGCAGGGUGAUUCAGAGGCACAGCCCACAGAGCCGACACCCCCCAGCUCAGGCGCCGUU